UCCAUCUCUCUCUCUCUCCUCGCUUUACUUUACCCAGUUGCAGAACACACACAAACGCCUUCUCCCGCAAGAAUUCUCAAAGCCCCAACAGCGAGCCGGCGCUUCUUUCGCGGCGUUUCCUUCAAUGUGACUUCAGGUUCGAGUUUCCAGGAGCUUGGUUUCGAGAAGCCGCCAUCUGGGUCUUCGUUUUCGUCCCCAAGGGAGGAGCUUUCUGGGUUUUUCUUUGCUUUCUUUCUUGUUCGUUUGGGCAUCUGGGGUUGAAAGUUCUUUGGGUUGCGAGAGGGGCGAGAGGAAGGGAUGAUGUUGGUGAGGAAUGCCGUGGUGUUGAUGCUGCUGGUGACGGUUAUUGCUCCGAUUGUGCUCUACACCGAUAGAAUCGGCACUUUCAAAUCUGCCUCUUCUAGGAAUGAAUUCAUAGAGGAAGUCACAUCCUUUACUUUAAGUGGUGAUGCAGAGCGUUUGAAUGUGCUUCCGCAGGAAUCAUCGGCAACUCUUAAAGAACCGAUUGGAUUAGUGUACACAGAUAAUAUAACUAAAGAUUUGCAAAAACAAGAGGGAAUAGAGCAUAAAUCUGCAAGAGUUUUGUCGGCGACGACGGCGGAUGACGGUCAAGCUCAAAAGGAGAACCCCAUCAGACAGGUAACUGAUGGGAAAAUUCAACAAAUGCAGAGUGGAAUUUCGGAAAAGUCUACUGUAGCAAUUGAAAAUGAAGUCAGGAGAGAUGGGAAAAUUCAUAAGGACAGGGAUGGGAAUGCUAAAGUUUCCGGGCGGUCAUCAUCAAAUCAUGUUGCACAGAAUGUGGAAGUGAAAUCUGAAGACCAGUCUCCUAAGACUCCGGUCAUCCCUGGAAAACAAGAGACUGCAAAAUCUGGAGAGGGACAGAAUGGGCAAAUGGCAAUGCCCGAUGCUCGUGUCCGGCAGCUUAAAGAUCAGUUGAUCAGGGCCAAAGUUUACUUAUCUCUACCAGCCACUAAGAACAAUCCUCAUUUUACUAGAGAGCUUCGACAGCGGAUCAAAGAAGUUCAACGAGUGCUUGGGGCAGCAUCUAAAGAUUCCGAUCUGCCGAGGAACUCCUAUGACCGGUUGAAAGCUAUGGAGCAAACAUUGGCCAAAGGCAACCAAAUUCAAGAUGACUGCGCUGCUAUUGUACGGAAACUUAGGGCUAUGCUCCAUUCAACGGAAGAGCAGCUUCGAGUGCACAAGAAGCAGACGCUGUUCUUGACACAGUUGACUGCAAAAACCCUUCCCAAGGGUCUUCAUUGUCUUCCUUUACGCCUUACUAGUGAGUACUAUGCCUUGAAUUCUACCCAACAGCAUUUCCCAAACCAAGAGAAAUUGGAGGACCCCCGGCUGUUCCAUUAUGCGCUGUUCUCUGAUAACGUGUUGGCAGCAGCUGUUGUUGUGAACUCAACUAUCACCCAUGCGAAGGAACCCUCGAAACACGUCUUCCAUGUUGUUACAGACCGGCUCAACUAUGCAGCAAUGAGGAUGUGGUUCUUGGUAAAUCCUCCGGGGAAAGCCACUAUUCAAGUCCAGAAUAUAGAAGAAUUUACCUGGUUAAACUCGAGCUACAGUCCAGUGCUCAAGCAGUUAGGUUCUCCAUCCAUGGUCGAUUAUUACUUCAGGACUCAUCGUGGGAAUUCUGAUUCAAAUCUGAAGUACAGGAACCCUAAGUACUUAUCUAUUUUGAACCAUCUUCGAUUUUACCUACCGGAGAUCUUCCCCAAGCUGGAUAAGUUGCUGUUUUUAGAUGAUGAUAUAGUAGUACGAAAGGACCUCACUGGUCUGUGGUCCCUCAAUUUGAAGGGAAAGGUCAAUGGUGCGGUGGAGACUUGUGGGGAAAGCUUCCAUCGCUUUGAUCGCUAUCUCAAUUUUUCUAAUCCUCUCAUCUCAAAGAAUUUCGAUCCCCGUGCUUGUGGCUGGGCAUAUGGCAUGAACGUCUUUGACUUGAAGGAAUGGAAGAGGCAAAACAUCACGGAAGUGUACCACAAUUGGCAGAAACUUAAUCAUGACAGACAAUUGUGGAAGUUGGGGACCCUGCCACCUGGCCUUAUUACAUUCUGGAAUCGCACUUAUCCACUUGAUCGGUCGUGGCAUGUGCUGGGACUAGGUUAUAAUCCUAAUGUCAACCAGAGGGAAAUAGAGCGGGCUGCCGUCAUUCACUACAACGGCAACAUGAAACCGUGGCUUGAGAUAGGCAUUCCCAAGUACCGGAACUAUUGGACAAAGUAUGUCGAUUACGAUCACGUCUAUCUGCGGGAGUGCAACAUCAAUCCAUAAACCAACUCUGGAUUUGCCCUUCAGUGACACUACCUGAGCAUCAAGAUACCUAUUCUUACAGGUCCGCAUCACUCUCCGUGUAGUCCCUUGUUUUUUGUCAGGAAUUCACGCUCUCUGAUUCUUUCUGUACACAUUUCAGUUUUCCCCCUUCUUUUUCUUUUCUUGGUUCAUUUUUGGGCAUGGUAGAUUUUGUUCGAGAACGAGUUAUGCAAUGCUCUGUUCCUUGUAGCAAAAAGUGCAGGUGAAAUUUGUAAAUGAAUGAAGCUAGUGUUUUUUUUUUUUGGCAAUGUAUCUUUAGAAUCAAUGUUAAUCUUCUCGAGCAUGAUUCUCCUCUCCUCGA